AUGCACUGGAGACUCCUCGGCCGGUCCCUCUCUUUUGCUCUUUCUUUCUGCGGCAACGACGAAAUUUUCGCCCUCUUUUUUCGCCUGCUGGAACUGGCUUACACUCCUCUUGUGGGGAACCUGGACCGUGAACUGCGCAUCCGGCAGCCCCAAUUGCUCAGCGUCUACUCCAUUCUUUUGCCUACAGGCUGCCUUGGGGGGCUAUUCAUGGGCGGUGACGGCUACGUGGAUUUGCCACUGAAAGGGUAUGCCAACGAACAGACGAAUGUGCCAUUCUUGGUACAGGACUUGAGUCACAUCCAGUACGUCACCAAUGGCCGAUACCGCCCCUCUAUUUUCAUUUCCUGGCUUUUCGUUGGUCAACCUGAAUUACGUCAGAGCUUCAGUGGCACUAAGUAUUAA